CUCGCAUUCCACCCGGCGAGGACCAAAUAUUAAGGGCUUGUGCAUCAGAAGCGUUUGUAACUAACUGGCAAAAUGAACGGCCAAAUCCUGAACGGUUUCCACGAUUCACUCAUUGAUGAAGGCAGUUUUCUUUUUACCUCAGAAUCCGUUGGGGAAGGGCACCCCGAUAAGAUCUGUGACCAAAUAAGUGAUGCAGUACUUGAUGCCCAUCUAAAACAGGAUCCUGAUGCCAAAGUUGCAUGUGAAACAGUGGCAAAGACUGGCAUGAUUCUCCUCGCUGGUGAGAUCACCUCUAGGGCAGCUGUGGACUACCAGAAAGUUGUGAGAGACACUAUUAAACACAUUGGCUAUGAUGAUUCCUCAAAAGGGUUUGACUACAAAACCUGCAAUGUGCUGGUGGCUCUUGAGCAGCAAUCUCCUGAUAUUGCUCAAGGAGUGCAUUUGGACCGAAAUGAGGAGGAUGUUGGUGCUGGAGAUCAGGGCUUAAUGUUUGGUUAUGCAACUGAUGAAACCGAAGAAUGCAUGCCCCUGACAAUUGUUCUUGCUCACAAACUAAAUGCAAAGAUGGCAGAGCUGCGACGCAAUGGGACUCUUCCUUGGCUUCGUCCUGAUUCUAAGACCCAGGUGACUGUUCAGUACAUGCAGGAUCGUGGGGCUACAAUUCCAAUUAGAGUGCACACAGUUGUGGUAUCUGUACAGCAUGAUGAGGAAAUCUGUUUGGAUGAGAUGCGGGAUGCUCUGAAAGAGAAGGUUGUGAAGGCUGUUGUACCUGCCAAAUACCUGGAUGAUGACACAAUUUACCAUUUGCAGCCCAGUGGACGGUUUGUCAUUGGAGGGCCACAGGGUGAUGCUGGACUUACUGGGCGCAAAAUCAUAGUGGACACUUAUGGUGGAUGGGGAGCCCAUGGUGGGGGUGCAUUCUCUGGAAAGGACUACACAAAAGUGGAUCGUUCAGCUGCCUAUGCUGCCCGUUGGGUGGCAAAAUCCUUGGUGAAAGCAGGGCUAUGCCGACGGGUUUUGGUCCAGGUCUCUUAUGCCAUUGGUGUUUCCCACCCAUUGUCCAUCUCCAUCUUUAAUUAUGGGACCUCUCAGAAGAGUGAAAGGGAGUUGCUGAAUAUUGUUAAAAAGAACUUUGACCUUCGUCCAGGUGUCAUUGUCAGGGAUCUGGAUCUGAAGAAACCAAUUUAUCAGAGGACUGCAGCCUAUGGUCACUUUGGUAGGGACAGCUUCCCAUGGGAAGUACCAAAAAAGUUGGAAUAUUGAAUGUUAGGCUUUUCCCCCUCAGACCUGCUGGCGUUAUAUACAGAGAAGCCUUCAGGUGCUUGAGGGAGGAAAAGACCCUCUAACCUAUUCUGUCAUUCUAUUAGCUUACUGUAGUCACCAGUGCCAUGUCUAGCUUGUGAGGAAAAGGGACCAUAUAUGAGGCAUACUGUCACUUGUCCUCUGGACCCCAUCAAUUUUACUUAUGGCUGCCUUGUAUGAGGCUGUUAACUUGUUGCUUUUUAUCCUAAGACCUGCCUCUCUUCCAGAUUAGCCCUUAAACAUGCCACAUUCUUCACUAGAAGGACACAUUGUAUAGUUUAUACCUGGCAGCAUUGCUUAUAGCAACAGACUUCCCUCUGUCUAGCAUGUCUAAAACUCCCGCCUUCCAUGCUUAUAAGCAUGUGUAGUUACUACACUCCCAGUUAAAAAAAGGAAGAUGUGGCUUUCUAGUGCGUUAUAACAGUUUUGUUCCUGUGGCAUACAAUUUAUGGCAAUUGCCUCCCUUUCUCUCCCCCCCCAUCUGCCACACUGCACAAUUUACUCCCUGCCUACUUUUUAAACUUUUUUUUUUUUUUUAUGCCAGUGCUGUCUGCUUCCCCCCUCUGGAACUGGCUGGUGUGGCUACAGAGAAACCAGCACAGGGCAGAGGCCUGACCAAUCCUGGCCAGUGGGACAGGGAGUGAGCUAAGGAUCUUACUUGAACUGUAACUUAUUUAUUGUGUUGCUGGGCUGAGGUGUAAGUACAGAGUAACCUCUGCCCCAUGUGACUUGUCACUUUUUUUUUUUUUUUUUAAAUGAAUGACAUGUUCUCAUACUCCAUGUUUCCAGUGACCUCUGGGAGGCCAAGGUGUUGUACAGAAAAACCAUGGCUGCACUUCUCAGAGGUCCUGGCUCAUGUUACAUGUAAGCUUGCCCCACUAAAAUAUCCUCUGCAGGAGUAGGCCAACCUUACCAGUGUUGUACAGAGAAACUGGCUGUUUACAAGCUCUCUUGCAUAGGAUUCUUAGUGGAUGCAGUCUGCACAACUCCUUUUUUUAUUUCUGAAACCUAUUCCAUGUGUCUGGUUCUACUAAACACUCACAUCAGAAGACUUCAUGAAUAAAGUAUUAGGUUCUCCCUUUA